AUGAAGCAUAUUUCUUCCUACCUGGAUGCCCAACCUUCCUUCCUGGAUGCCCCACCUUCCUACCUGGAUGCCCCACCUUCCUUCCUGGAUGCCCCACCUUCCUACCUGGAUGCCCCACCUUCUUUCCUGGAUGCCCCACCUUCCUUCCUGGAUGCCCCACCUUCCUACCUGGAUGCCCCGACUUCUUUCCUGGAUGCCCCACCUUCCUACCUGGAUGCCCCACCUUCCUUCCUGGAUGCCCCACCUUCCUACCUGGAUGCCCCACCUUCCUUUCUGGAUGCCCCACCUUCCUACCUGGAUGCCCCACCUUCCUUCCUGGAUGCCCCACCUUCCUACCUGGAUGCCCCACCUUCCUUCCUGGAUGCCCCACCUUCCUACCUGGAUGCCCCACCUUCCUACCUGGAUGCCCCACCUUCCUUCCUGGAUGCCCCACCUUCCUACGUGGAUGCCCCACCUUCCUUCCUGGAUGCCCCACCUUCCUACGUGGAUGCCCCACCUUCCUUCCUGGAUGCCCCACCUUCCUUCUACGUGGAUGCCCCACCUUCCUACCUGGAUGCCCCACCUUCCUUCCUGGAUGCCCCACCUUCCUACCUGGAUGCCCCACCUUCCUACCUGGAUGCCCCACCUUCCUUCCUGGAUGCCCCACCUUCCUACCUGGAUGCCCCACCUUCCUUCCUGGAUGCCCCACCUUCCUACCUGGAUGCCCCACCUUCCUUCCUGGAUGCCCCACCUUCCUUCCUGGAUGCCCCACCUUCCUUCCUGGAUGCCCCACCUUCCUUCCUGGAUGCCCCACCUUCCUACGUGGAUGCCCCACCUUCCUACGUGGAUGCCCCACCUUCCUUCCUGGAUGCCCCACCUUCCUUCCUGGAUGCCCCACCUUCCUUCCUGGAUGCCCCACCUUCCUUCCUGGAUGCCCCACCUUCCUACCUGGAUGCCCCACCUUAUCAUACGGUCUCGGAUAUAACUGUUGAUAGCGGGUUUGAAAUCAGUAUUCGGGAUAAGCAGUGA